GUGGUGUGUCUAGAAUGAAUAAAAUAAUAAUUAAAAUAAAUGCCCACGCUUCUUGUUUACCCACUCUAUGUCUCCCUUGGUAUUUUGCAGGGACCUUGGCGGCUGGAGAACACACUUUCCCCUUUCAGUUUCUGCUUCCAGCUUCAGCUCCGACGUCCUUCGAAGGGCCCUUUGGAAAAGUCUUGCAUCAGAUUAAAGCCGUGAUUGAGACGCCCCGUUUUUCCAAGGACCACAAGUGCAACAAGAUCUUCUACGUCCUUUGCCCUCUCAACCUCAAUGACAUCCCUGAAAUUGAGCAGCCCAACACAACAUCCAUCACCAAGAAGUUCAACUACAAGCUUGUGAAAACCGGCAACGUGGUCUUAACAGCCACCACUGACCUCAAGGGCUAUGUCGUGGGGCAGGCCAUUCAGUUGCGGACGGACAUUGAGAACAAAUCUGGCCGGGACACCAGCACCAUUGUGGCAAGUCUUAUCCAGAAAGUCGCCUACAAAUCCAAGCGGUGGAUUUACGACUUGAGGACCAUCGCCGAAGUGGAAGGCUCGGCUGUGAAGGCAUGGAAGCGAGCCGACUGGAGAGAGCAAAUCUUGGUGCCGGCCCUACCUCAAUCCAUCUUGCAAGGCUGCAGCCUCAUCCAUAUUGACUACUACAUCCAGGUUUCUCUCAAGUCUCCCGAGGUUUCUGUCGCUCUCCCUAUUUACAUCGGCAACAUCCCUGUGAACAGGAUCCCUCUUAGCCCGGCCCGGUCAGUCCCGCACAUCCCAUCGCCUGUGGUCCCGAGCGCUCCCCCUGAAGAUGAAGAGGCUGCCUCCGGCUACCCUCACCCUAUGGACAACGUGUGCGAACAUUCGUAA